AUGGAGAACGGCAAGGUGCUGUUUGUCGGAGGUGGGAGCUUGGAGCUGGUCGUGCCCGCCACGCAACAGCGAAUCGUGCGUCGGGUGGACUCAGCUGUGCGGCCGAGGGUGGAGUUUCACAAUCGAAGCCUGAAGGUGAGCGACCGCCACACCCGCGAGUUCUUUAAGUUGAUCCCACGAAUCCGAGGUGCGCUGCUGUUCAAGGCUGAUGUUUUACUGGACGCUGGUCCGGUUAACGCCAAUGGAGUGCCGCUGGAGCCCAAGGACGCGCUGAAAGAGGAGUGGAAGAAGAUGAAAAAGGACCAGAACGUCCGUUCCGAUGCAAUGGAUGAGCUGCUCGAAAUCGUGGGUCUUCAGAAGGCGAAGAACGAAGCUGUACGGGUGUUUAAGAGCUCUGUGGCCUUGCAGAAAAUGCCUGCAGAUGUACGAGCCAAUAAUAUGAUGGCGUUCAACUAUUGCUUUGUUGGAAACCCUGGAACCGGGAAAACCACCGUAGCUCAACUCCAUGCGCAGAUUCUCGUCGACGCAGACCAGGCCACGGGCAGCGUUCUGUUUAUCGACGAAGCAUACGAACUCGAUCCAGUCGGCGAUAUGGCGGGAAAGCCGAUUGUGGCUGAGCUGCCAUUCUCAAACCCCAAGUUGCAUGGUAUAAUGAGAGAGAUCAAAGGGCGCAUUGGGUGGAACGAGAUAAAAGCGAAGAUCGACCAGUUGGCGAAAAUCAGUGAUGAAAACUACGGGCGCGAGUUGGAAGGAGUUGCCCCACAUCCUGUGGUUCUACAUCGGCUGUUCUUGGGUAAUCCGGGGACGGGCAAGUCGACGUGUGCGACCUAUUCCGGUCGCGUGCUCAAGGCGUUGGGCUUUCUGUCAAAUGGAGGCGUGAUGCUGAAGAAGGCAAGUGACUUUACUGGUAGCCACGAAGGGGACACGGAGAAAAAACGAACCAGUUCCUCAAAAUGGCACAAGGAAAAGUCCUGGUCAUCGACGAGGCUUACUGCCUAG